UUUAAAUCUACAAAUCUUAAAAUCAGUCUAAAACUAAACUUUGUUGAAAGUUGUUCUCUAAAAAAGAAAAAAAAAAAAAAUAAAAUUUUAAAAAUGAAAAUCUUUGCUUUAUUGUUUGCCAUCUUCGCUUUGGUUUCCUCUGCCGUUGCUAUUAAAAAUGCUGCCUGUGGCUUGAAACAUUCCGCCGACGGUAAUGGUCUUAUCGCCUGUGCUGCUUACAUUCCAUCCUGGUCCUACAAUUCUGCUACCAACGAAUGUGUUGAAUUCGUCUAUGGCGGUUGUGGUGGCAAUCUUAACCGUUUCAAUUCUCAACAGGAAUGCGAAACUAUGUGCAAGGAAUAAAUUAAAAGAAAUUUUUAGUUUUUUAAUUUAAAAGGAAAAGUGCGUGUGAUUUUUUUUUUGUAAAUAUAAAUAAUUUUUAAAAGUUUAAAA